AGAGAAAAAGAAAAAAAGAGAGAAAAAUCAAGUCGUUUCUUUUAGUAAACAAGAUAGAACGACGAUGGAUGGCAUUCCGAUCAAUCGGAUUUUAUGCAAUCAAUUGGAGUUUUUAUUUUCCUUGACCUUACUUACCUCAGUCCGCUAUCAAUGUAACAGAUUAAAGAUGGUUCUAUAUAAAUCAAUUUGUUCUUGAUCUUCCUUCAGUAUUAUACAUAUUGUACUUACACAGAAUCGUUAUACUUAAGAUACAUAUUUUGUCGUCAAAGUGUAUUCGGAAUAAUAUAUCGGGAAGACUGGGGGAAAUAAAUGGGUUUAAAUUUUAUUAUAUAUUUACGUUAAUUAAAUUACGUUAAUUAAAUUACAUUAAUUUAAAUACAAUAGUAAAAUAUAGAAAUAAUUUUCAAUCGAAAAGAAUAAUUUCGAGGAUAAUAUAGAAAACUGUGUCGUAUAUUAUAACACGAUAAGAGAGAAAGGAAAACAGAGAGAAAUUUCUCUUUUCUAUAGUUGAUAUUUUUUUUUCGCACGAAACAUCUAAAUGUGUUCCAUAGCGAUGCCAACAGAACUUAUCCUGGGGCACAGUCCUCCGGUAUACAAUCCACUUCUGUACAGGCCUUUGGUGACGCCGACGAUUACAACAAGAUCGGUACCACCCAGAAUACGACCGUGCCUGUCCACUGGUUCGUUGCCUUUGGACAACUUAAAAAACAACAAUGACAGCAGUAACAAGCAGAAAAAGAGGGUCGUAUUCGCCGACGAUCGUGGCCGUCCACUUACUCAGGUACGUGUAAUGUCGGAACCAAGUAACGUUCCGCCAUUAUGGACUACGGCAUAUAUCGAAGAAGUAACCGGAGGACUCUUGAGAACAAAAAUCGACAACGAGGUAACGCAAGAUACUACAACACCGCCAUGGCAGGUGACGUUUCCUCAGCCAGCGAGUGAUUAUCUUGCAUUUCGCCGUAAACUCGAUCAAGACAAUGUUAGUUUGGAGAACGUGAUCGUUCGUGAAUCCGAACAGGCACUAGUUGGUACAGUGAAAGUGCGAAAUCUUGCAUACGACAAGGAGGUCGUUGUAAGAGCAAGUACCGACAUCUGGAAGACCCACGAGGACAAUUAUUGUACCUAUGUUGAACAACCCGGUGCACCGGCACUCAUCCUCUACGACACCUUCCGUUUUCGUCUUACGUUGCCAUUGAAAUCUGACAAUAUUGAAUUCUGCGUUAGAUAUCGUACCGAUGGACAGGAAUUCUGGGACAACAACGAGGGCAAAAAUUAUGUUGUCCGAAAAAGACAGGAGCCAAGGGCACCGCCUAAACGAUAUGAUCUCUUGGCAGCCACGUGCAAUGGGUUAUCAAGUAACAACAAUAUUUGCAACAUGAGCAAUAACGGAAACAACGGACUGAGUAUACCACGUAUAUCCGAUGCAAGACGAAUUAACGUUCGUACGUGGAGUGAAUUCGCAUCGUGGCAUCAUUUAAACAACGAUGCUCCCUAUUGGUGAAAAAAAAAAUAACAAAUGAACAAACAAACAAACAAAAAAAAAAAGAAAGAUGUUAACCCCUUUUUGUGGAUCCCUCGUCAAACGAUGUACAAAAAUGUACGAAUAUUCAUAAUUCCAGCGUUAAAUCCUGGAAAAAAAAAUAGUUGAGCUGUGAAUCCGUUCGAUCGGGGGGUCUUAUGAGGAGGGGGAUGGGGAGAUGGUGAUAUGAACUGAAAUAUAAGGGGUGGAACGACGAAAUAUUUUUUUUCGUUCGUCGAUGCAAAAACGAACAGUGAUACAAAGAGAAGAAAGAGAGUGAGAGAGAGAGAGAGAGAGAGAGAGAGAGAGAGAGAGAGAAAGAGAGAGAGAGAGAGAACACGAUUAUUGAGAAUGAAAUCCAAAAUAUAUUGGCAGGGAAAAAGAAAGGAAAAUAUGAGAAAACGAUGAUCGAAGAGGAGGAUAUUUCUUAAAAUCUUUUUUGUUUUUUUUUUUUUUUUUAUUAUUAUUUUUUUUUUUUUUAUCUUUACUUUUUUUUUCUCUCGACGAAUUACGAGAAGCAACGACGAUAGCGAAGAUGACGAUAAUAAUAGACGUCGGACGAGAAAAGUUCUCGUUGAAAAGAAGAAAAAAGAUGUGAUGCGGCUAAGAGAAAGAGAUCAGAGUGAGAGAAAGAGAGAAAGAGAGAAAGAGAGAGAAAGAGAGAGAGAGAGAGGAGGAGAAAAAGAAGGAGAAGGAAGACGUAAUAAAAAUAAAGAGAGUCAUACAGACUUCGGGCUAUUGGAUAGCACGGAUCGAUGGAAACCAGUAUUAAUGCUCACGUAGCUCUUAUGAUAGCAAGUGCAGCGGGGAUUGAGGGGACGGGAUCAUUUACCAACGGAGAUAAUCAGAAAUCAGAAUUAAUUAGCUGUAGAAGAAGAGUAAGCUCGGCAAAUGAUCGGACAUAGUCCGUCGUCCGAUCGAUUCGAAACAAGUUCCGCAUACUACUACUUGUCUGCUAACUCCAGCCAUCGUCACGUGUGCUUUCUUCUCGAUAUAUAUAUACAAAUAUAUAUCAUCAUAGUCUUC